GGACGAUAGACCGGAGCAAAGCAACCCUGCAUAUUGAUGGCGGAUUGACGCUCUUUCGCUGGCCUGGCUAAAUAAAUUUUCUUUAUCGAGAAAAGAUCUUUCCAGUGUCGCAGCGCGUUGCGAGCGUUUUUUGGCCAGCCAUGAGACGGCGCAGCGAGCGAAAAAAGUCAUCGUCGCCCGCUCCGGUGCCGGUGGCAGUGGCACGCCGAAGUCGCCGCUCCCGCAAGGUGUCCGAGAACGAGAAGACCGAGGACGAGGCCCCGGUCGCGGGCCAAAAGGAUAUUCCGGACACCGACGUGCCGGAAUUGCCGCAAGCCUCUGUCGCGCGCGAAGAAAUCAAUGAGGCUCGCGCCUCCAGCGAAGAACGUGCCGGAUCCGGAUCGUCGCCAGUGCGCAAGAGUCGCGGAAGCCGGACGACGCCCAAGAAGCGUACGGAGGCUAAGGGCGGCGACAAAAAGGUGGACACCAUUCCUGAGGAGGAACCGGAGAACGGCCAGGAUGCGGUCAAAGAAGGCGUAGAAGAGGAAAAGGCUGUGGAGCCGCCCGCGGCUCUUGAGAGCGAGUCCGAAGACAUUGCCAAGAAGGAGGAUCAGCUGGCUCCCGUAGAGGAAUCCGAGCCAGAGCCGAUGGAAGCCAAGGACAAGGAGGAUGACAAAGAGGAUGAAAAACAGCAGCAGCAGCAGGAUGCCCCAGCUGGCGAAGAUGACAGCAGCAAGCCGAGCGAGCCAGUUCAAGAGGUAAAGGUUCCUUCUCCUUCCAGCAAGGAUGAGGAACAUCUAAAAACGUCUAGCGAUGUAUUAGACAUUCAGACAGAAGAGGUCGAGGAAAGGGACGAAGAAGCCCCUGCUCCUGCGGAACGCAGGGAGUCCAAGAAGAAGCACAAGGAACCGAAACAGGAACAGCAGGACGCGGAGGAGGAGGAGCAGAAGGAGAACCGAAAACAGCAGAAGGAGAAAGCAGAAGAUACUCAGGACGAACCAGCAGAUCUUCCCAACGACAAGCACGAGGCAUCUGUAAAUAGCAGCGCAAGCAACACCACAACCGCUCCAGUUCUCCAACAACAGCGAUCGGUGCGGAAGCGCAAGUGGCUGACGAAUAAAAAGUCCUCGGACCGCGCCCCGCCCGUGCUUGCCAUUUCGACGGAUUCCCUAAAGAACAUAAUAGCCGAUGUGGUGCAGCCGGUGCCUCUAAGCGAUGUGCAACUCGAUUCCUCCUCGGAAGAGGAGGGUCUGGUCACCAGCGAUCGCGACUCUGAGCGUUCCGCUUCGCCGGCGUCCGCCUCCGAGGGGAGAAAGGAUCGCGACAUCGAGGCCAUUACCGUCACCACCACCAAUACCGGCGCAGAAGCGACGACAGAUAAGGAAGACAAGGGAGUUGAGGCCACGGGUCGGACCACUCCGACGGCAGCCACAGACACGGUGUCGGCACAGGGCGCCCUGAGCAAAGCCACCGUCGCGACAGCCGCACCACACAUUGUCCGUGAUCCUAGUCCUGCGCGAAACCGCGCCAGCCACGUGCUUUACAUCACCAAUUUGGUGCGCCCCUUCACAGUGCUGCAGUUGAAAGGACUGCUGGCGCGGACGGGAAAGAUCGUCGAGGAGGACGGUUUCUGGAUAGAUCGCAUCAAGUCUAAGUGCUUCGUUGCCUACUCCACUGAAGACGAGGCUAUUGAAACUCGCCAUGCCCUGCACGGAGUUCGCUGGCCUGUCUCGAAUCCCAAAUGUUUAAACGUCGAUUUCGGCAGUCGCACAGACAUGGAUCGUGCAAUACUAUCAACGAAGGACGAGGCUCCCAGGUAUGGCCAGGAAAACACUAGAGAUAACCAGCAGGCGGGCAAUGCUUGGUCCCGAUUAGAAGCAUCUGACAAAAAGCCUGUUCGCCCGGUACGCGAAUGGGAUGUGGGCAAAAAGGAGCCGAUUGACCACGACAAAUCCAGUAACGACAGACGACGAGGGAGCAAGGAUCGACUGGACUCGAGAUCUCGGGACGCGGAUCGCGCCGGACAGGACCGCAAACGUUCCAGGGACAGGGAGGGCCGAGGACGCGAACGGGAACGAGAGCGCAACGAUCGCAAUGCACACGCAAGAAGUCGCAGUGGGUCACCAGUGUCCAAAUCCAAGAGGAAGGAGAAUGAACCGCCUAUCAGGCUAUUAGAUGACUUAUUUCGAAAGACUAAAGUUUCGCCCUGUAUCUACUGGCUGCCGCUAACGCCGGAAGCGAUCGCAGAAAAGGAGGCAAUACGUCAGAAACGCAUCGAGGAGAAUAAUCUGCGCAUCAAAGAGCGGGAGGAGCGGCAAAAGGAGCGUGAGAAGGAACGUGACCGCCAGCGGGACACGCGUCGCAAUCGUUCCAAUGAACGACGACGAUCCCGCAGUCGCGAGCGGGAGCGACGACGUUACUAGGCGGAGGCUUGAGAUUGAGCAAAUAAAUGUUGAAAAUAUCUCAAAAACUAACGUCAACAUCCAAAAAACAAAACCUAAAAUGAUAAAACAGCAACUAAAACUUCUGCAGGGUCCCAUCAUCACCCGAAUAUUUUCUAAUUUUCGAGCGUUUUGCGUUCCCAAAAUACCAACGUUGCAAUAUUCAACUUGAAGUGAACGAACGCACUUCGAUUUGAAUAUUUCCGCCAACGUCCCAUACAUUUUCUAAUUUUGAGAUUUCAAACUCUCUUUUCUCAGUUAUUUUUCUCAUUGUUGUUGUUCCAUAUAUAUAUACCGCAUAUAUAUUUCCAUAUAUAUAUAUAUAACCUGAUUUGAUUUCUUUCCUCAAAUGUAGCAUUUUACAGCGCCUAACGUCACCUCACCCCAAAAACAGCCACAGCAACGCCAGAAAAGCGACCGGCAUCAGCAUCAACGCGUUGGAAACUUACCAUCGGAAUCUAGAAACUCUUGCAGCAAGUUACCAUGCUUACAUCUUUAUAUUAAACAAACAGAAAAUAAUUGAUUGAUUAUUUGUAAAAUCAAUAUUUCUUAAAAUUUUAAUGAACUUAGAAAUACAAUUUACCAACAGUCGGCAAACUUGUGACAAUGCCAAAACCAUAAA